AUGAUGCAUGUUGGGACUCGACGAGGCAACGGAGGGUUUCGUGGUAGUCCGCGCGGAGGAACCAGUUGGCGCGGACGAGGACGCGGAGCAUCAGGGGGAUUGUCGGACAGUCACGGAAUAUGUCGUUUCUAUCAGCUGAACGGCUCUUGCAAGUUCGGGGUAACGUGCAAGUUCUCGCACGACAACAUACCAAAAAGAGAGAAGAAGCCAAGAGAAGAGGAAACCGCCGCACAACUCCAGGCAAGAGGCGACUACAACUACUGGAAAAGGUUCCUCAAAAGCCCUCCACGUACAAAUGGCGAAAAGACAGCCCUUCAGCUUUGGAGUGGUGCCUUAAAGAUACUCGACGGAGAUGAAAGAGAGUGGAAACAGAUGCUCCCGAGAGAUCUUGACAACGAGGAGACCUUUGGCAGGCUGCACAUCAAGGACACCAUGUCCGUGCGAUCGCGACUUACAGACUAUAAUGGAUCUAUCGAAGUAGCGUUAGCAUUCCUUCGAACCAUCACUCACCAUGCAAUCCUUGACUGCCUCUCCGUCGAUACAUACGUGGGCAGUAUGUACAAUUUCGUCUCCGGAGCCAACGGUACGCGCGCGAUCCCGUUCUUCCAGCAUGUCAACGAAAUUAUUGGCAAGGCGUAUGGAGACGUAAUCACACCAGGCAUUGCUGCGAAGGCGGAGCAGUUGGUGAUUGCCACGUCUCUGGCACUCCGCGAGAUCCUUCGGAGGGAGUCACGAGCCCGCUUCAAUGAGCAUUUGCCUUCUCUUCUGGAUUCGAUUGAGAAUUUGGUACAGAUGAUCUGUGAAGCACAGUCGCAGGCCUGUACGAUUGUAACUCGACACGUGGUGGAGAUGCGUGCGGUUGUGGACCGCGCGAACAGACUUUUGACGCAAGAGGACGAUGUGCAGGAGCUACUCCAGCCUUGCGCCGCUCCUUCCUCUUACCCCCGAAGCAUCCAAAUUCCUCAAGAUAGAUACGACAAUGACAAAGCAGAUGUUUCGCAAAUGGAGAUUUUCCCUACACGAGAGGAAAUUCUAACCGACGUACCCGAUUUCCUACCGCUCACAGAUAAGGAUCAGCCUCACUUUAUCGUCGAGCCAGUCCAACGACACAUUGACACCAAUUUCCGCCUCCUUCGUUACGACACUUUCGGGGAGCUCAAGGAAGCCUUGGGAAAUCUUAUGCAUGCCAUUGAAGCAGACCCAACGUCCUUGAAGAACCCAAGACUCAGCUUUGGUGAUUUCCGCGCCUCUCAUUACACCAAUUGCUACAUUAGUUAUCUUUCAUUCGACCAGCGGCGAGGUCUAGAAGUCAAGCUAUCCUUUCCACAGCUGCAGAAUCUACGUGGCAAAUCUCCAUCUGAACGACGCAAGUGGUGGGAGGACAGCAGGCGAUUAAGUGAGGGCAUACUUCUCUCGUACAUAACACUACACGAGGAUGUCGUUCAGCACAUUUUCCUCACUGUCACACUGCGAGAGACAGACAACCGGAAAGAACACAGCCUCACGAACGAGGAACGCCAUGUGACCAUCACCGCGAAGUUAGCACGACAUAAUCAAAAGGAUGUCGAAACACUUGUUCGUCUCAGUUGCGAAAAGACGCGAGGGGUAUUGAUUGAAUUUCCGGGAGUGCUACCAGCCACAUUCAUGCCGGUAUUAGCGAACCUUCAAGAGAUGAAUCGUAUAGGACGCCUGCCCUUCCAACAGUGGAUACUGCCUGGUAGAACUCAACCUCUGAAUCGAGCUGCAAAGGUGGACAUUCCACCGCCACUGUAUGCUCGGGGUGCUUUUCAUUUCUCCUUGGAGCCAAUCUUGAAGGUCAAUGCUCUUGGUGGUGGAGAUCUUCGCAUCAAUCCAGCUUCGGUCACUCUCGACGAUCCAGAAAUUAUCCGCGAGAUGGAGAUAAGGACGGAGUUAGAUCUUGGUCAAUGUCAUGCACUGCUUGCAGUACUGUCCCGCGAAUUUGCGUUCGUUCAGGGCCCACCUGGCACCGGAAAGUCUUUCCUUGGUGUUCAGUUGAUGAAAGUCCUCAUGGAAUGCAAGACGAGGGCUAGCCUUGGCCCUGUUGUCGUAGUUUGUUACACGAACCAUGCCUUGGACCAGUUCCUUGAACACUUGAUCGAAACAGGUAUUCGGAAGAUCGUUCGCCUCGGUGGUCAAAGUCAUUCGACCUUACUGGAGGAUCAUAAUCUCCGGAAGGUAGCUCAAGCCGAGUCGAAGACCCGGUCAGAAGGUUAUAUCUUGGGAACAUCAUACGAUGCCUUGGAAAAAGAGACCAAACGCAUUCAAGGAAGUUUAGGAAAGAUACAUGGUGCCAAUCGGGCCGAGUGGAAACACCUACAGUAUCAUCUUGUUAGGAGGUACCCCAUGAUCUACCGACAGUUCCCGCAGAUGGACGAAGAUGGUUUCGAGGUUGCUGGUCGUCAUCCAUUUGAGAUCUGGGCGUCCAAAGGAAUCACACCAAUCGAUGCCGUCGCAGCUGAAGAAAAUGCGUCGGCGUUGCGUGGAGAUGAUGUCCUACUUGAAAAGGCAGCGCGCGAUGUGCAUUCCUUGACGCGUGUCGAAAGAGGUAUGAUCCGGAACAUAUGGGCUCAAGAGAUGCGGGACGAUGCGCUGGACGACGUUUUCGAAAAGGUCAAGGACACUGAGCGUAUUCAGAGGCAGAUCACCAACGUGCAUGAUGAGAUCGAUCGACGGGUGCUGCAAGAUGCAGAUGUAAUCGGCAUUACAACUACCGGCCUGGCUAAGCGUAUAGCCACCUUGCAGCGUGUGAGAUGCAAAGUCAUUAUCUGUGAAGAAGCAGGGGAGGUGAUGGAACCCCAUAUGAUAUCCGCGCUUCUUCCAGCUGCGGAGCAUUUCAUCCAGAUUGGCGACCACGAACAACUACGUCCACAGAUCAACAAUUUCAAAGAUCUGUCGCUCGAAAGUCGGAAGGGUCUAUCGUAUCAGCUGGAUCGCAGUCAAUUCGAAAGACUGUCAGUCGGCGAGCCUGGAAGACUCCGAAUGCCAGUUGCUCAGCUCAACGUCCAGCGACGUAUGCGUCCAGAGGCCUCAAGACUGAUUCGAGAAACGAUCUAUCCUGGAUUGAUUGACCACCCUAGCGUUAGUGUACAGCCUGACGUUGUGGGUAUGCGAAAGAACGUUUUCUGGAUGGAUCACGACCAGUUGGAAGACAACCAACGACCAGACAUGCAUCACAAAUCAUACUCUAAUGUGUGGGAGGUAGAUAUGGUCCAUGCAAUGGUUCGUCAUAUUGUUCGUCAGGGAGCAUACAAGAGCAGCGAGAUUGCUGUGUUGACACCUUACACUGGACAACUCCAGAAGCUUCGUGCGGCCAUGCGCGAUGACUUUGAGAUCGUUCUCAGUGACAGGGAUCAAGAAGCACUUGAUAAAGAUGGCUUUCAAGAUGAUAAUAACGAUCCCCUAGCGAACAAGCAAAGUGAUCUCGCCAGUCACAGGAAGGCGCCUCUCACGAAAAAGAAAUUGAGCGAUCUGCUGAGGGUGGCAACUGUUGAUAAUUUCCAAGGCGAAGAAGCUAAAGUUGUCAUCAUCUCCCUAGUACGGAGCAACGAUAUACCGAAGGUCGGAUUCUUGAAGACCACGAAUCGUAUCAAUGUCCUUUUGAGUCGAGUUCAGCACGGCAUGUACCUCUUCGGCAACGCAAACACGUACUCGUACGUUCCCAUGUGGGAGAAAGCUCUGAAGUGUGGCCACCAAUGUCCUGGACUUUGCGGUGAAACUUGUCCAGAGACGCUCUGCCAGAAGUGCACCGAGAAACAAGACAGUCGAGUCGAUCUUUACUUGAUGAAGACGUAUGUCGAGAUCGACAUCGAUGAGUACCCUAUUGUUGUCCUCGGAUGUGGGCAUUUUUUCACGGCUGAAAGUCUGGAUGGCAUGAUUGGACUUACCGAAGUAUACACUUCCGACAAAUUCGGGCAAAUUAACGGGCUUGUGGACAUCUCUGGUUCCCUCGUCAUUCAGAUUCCUCGAUGUCCGGACUGUCAACUCCCAGUGAGACAGUACGUCACGCAAAGAUACAAUCGUGUCAUCAAUAGAGCGGUUAUUGAUGAACUGUCAAAGCGAUUUCUCGUCAAUGGGCAGGCGGAACUGAGGAAUCUUGAAAAGCGGGUGGCCGCUAUUGAGAAAGAGUUGGAGAUUUCCCGCGCUGAGAUCACUAUCUCCAAUCAGACAAAUAAUGGUAUCCUUCCUCUAGCUCGAGGAAGCACAGACGCACAGAAUAGGGCUGUAGUAUUCAAGAAACUUCAAAAACGAUAUGGCGCAUCUUUCAAGUUGGCAAAAGAUGUCGCGUUGUUUCUUAGAAAAGUCGCAGAUCGCCACCAACCCGCGCAGAAGCUCCACGAAGCCACUGUCCAUGCAAUCGCAAACAUCCGAUCAAGCACGCUUGAGGACGCAAUUGCAUCGCUUGGCAUGCAUGAAACAAUACCGUUAGUCGAGCGUGAUCGCCGCGUUGUAUUAGGUGGGCGUAUCCUGCAAAUCAGAAUCGACUGCAUGGUACUCGAGGAUAAGUUCCGCAUCCCACAAGCGAUCAGAAAAGACGAAGCCAACCCAAAACUCCCAGGCGGUCUACCAGAGACCCUGACUGGCUCGUUCCUCACAUCUUGUAGUACCUUUAUACGGGAGAGUACGACCGCCAAUAUCCCUAAGCUUGCCGUCGAAGCCUCGCUUUACUUCGCCACAGUAGCAGGAAUGUAUCAAUCCUCAGGUCUCACGCAGGAAAUUGAUAAAGCGAAAGCGGCCGAUUAUGCAGCCGAAGCCAAGGUUCUCCUCGAAACUGCUCUUGAGAGCUGCAAGCUGCCGUUCCAGAAUGCGGACAAAUUAGCCAUGGCGGUGGAGGAGAGUCUCGAGCUGCUGCGUCGGUCGCGGUACGAGGAUGUUACAGCGGAGGAGCUGGCGAUGAUCAAGACAGCAAUGGUGUCAGGCUCCAGGGGCAUUGCGAGUCAUUCGGGGCAUUGGUACAACUGUGUGAAUGGGCAUCCGUUCGCGAUUGGUGAGUGCGUUGGCGUGACUCGGGCGGUCAACAUGGAAGGAUGA